CUGCAUACGGUCUUUCCAUAUCAAAUUGUGCUAUGAAUUUUGAAUAAACAUACGAUAUAUAAAAUAUAACAACUCUGACGUUUUGACGUUUCUUUCCUUUAAUGGAAUUUCUAUAUUCCAUCACGUAUUUUCCUUGUGUUGUAAGCAAAGAAUACAUUGCAUCGGUUGUCAUUUUGAUACCUUAUUGUUUGGUUGUUAUUAUAACUUUGUGUUUUAAAGUGGAGGGUCUUUGUGUUCGUGGAGCUUCGGUGCUUCAUUUUCUGAACGAUUUUGUUUUAAAAAUUGCUUAGUUCCUUUAACAAAUCAAUAAUAAGAAUUGUAUUAAAUUCGAAGUGUCAUGCCAGUUCAAAUUAUAUUAAACAAUUCGAUUGAGAUAGUUUAUUGCACCUCACAUCUGUCGGGAGUAAAGACAAAAUAAAACUUCUACCUGCGCAUCAAAGAAAAUAGUACAAAGGAUUAACAAUGAUUAGUGCUCUGGUAUCACGAUUAAUAGUGCUAACGUUUGGAACUUUAUAUCCGGCAUACGCUUCCUACAAAGCUGUACGAACUAAAAACGUUAAAGAAUAUGUGAAAUGGAUGAUGUAUUGGAUUGUUUACGCAUUUUUCACGUGCAUCGAAACAGUGACUGACAUAUUUUUAUCUUGGUUUCCUUUCUACUACGAAAUAAAGAUUGUGAUAGUGCUAUGGUUACUUUCGCCAGCAACAAAAGGUAGCUCCACUCUUUACCGUAAAUUUGUACAUCCAAUGCUAACUCGCAGAGAGCAGGAAAUAGACGAAUAUCUUAAUCAAGCUAAGGAGAGAGGCUAUUCAGCAGUCCUUCAGUUGGGUUAUACUGGAGUCACUUAUGCAAAAAAUGUUAUAAUGCAAAGCGCAUUAAAGGUAAAUUUUUAAUAAAUAACUUUUAAU